AUGGCCGACGACCGAGGUAUCUCACCGCCGCGAGGAUCUGCAAGUCCUGUCGUUCCUGCACUGCCAAAGAUGGAGGAGGACCAACGCUUGCCCCCGGCCGGUCCGAAAAGUGAAGACGGCUAUGGCGGUGAGAGAUCACGAAUGAGCGAUGGCGAAGUUUCAGACGAAGGGAGCAAGGUAUCACCGUCUGUAGAUCCACCACCUCCAGCGACUGUAGCGGAUAACACGACGGCCUCGUCAUCUGUACCGGCAGCCAAUACCGAGACUGCCUCUUCAGAUAGUUCAUCACCUCAGUCCGAGACGGUCAGUGUCGCGACGGGUCCGUCAAUGCCGAACGUCAACGAAUGCGAGGCUCUUUCAUCAGCUGCCUCGACGCACCCUCACGGAGAAACAGAGGAUAUGGCAAAUCACACUUCUUCAGCGACUAGAUCACCGCUUCAGCCGCUGCAGUCCAACCCCAUAACGUUGUCGACCCAGCACCCGCCGAUAACCCUGGCGCCGCUAUCGUCGGCCUCGGAUGGCCGGAAUAUGCUUUCUGAUAGAUCAUCCGACGCGACUUUGAUCUUCUCCAGAACAGAGAGCGGUCCAGCAGCUCCUCAGCAAGCAGCCGGGGCAACGGCCACGGGCGGGAAAGGAGCUGCGGCGCUCUGGGCAGCUCGCCGGGGUGCGGCCGGUGCGGUCGGUGCAGGAGCUGCUGGACUUGGAGUAGGAGCUGGCUUGGCAAGUCCAGCAGGUGGCCUCGGCACGGGUGUUUUGCCCGCAGCAGCAGCAGCUGGCGCAACGGCUGGGGCGGUCGCAGCAGGAAAAGCCGAGUCUGGUCCUGGCCUUCAGAAGGCGGACCACAAGACCACCUUUAAGCAUUUUUUGGCAGGUUUUUAUCUACGUCUUGCAAUUUUUUGUCCAGGACGCGUGUUUGCCUCGUUCACGGCGUACUAUCACCAGAAUGGACGCACCCUCACCAACGAGGAUUUUCGCAACUUGAUUCUGGAAUGCGUUCGAUACCUCGUCUACCUCUUUGUCGCCCGCUUCAUCUUCUGCUACGUCGCCUACCUCGGCUUCCGCAUGGUAAGCCUCCGCAUCUCCGCCACCCUCCGCCUGCAAUACCUGCAAGCGGUGCUCUCGAUGCGCGUGUCGGCCCUCGACGCCCUCCCGCCGGGCCAGACCGCGGCCGUCAUCACCAUGCUGGCCUCGACGCUGCAGCAAGGCAUCUCGGAGCGCGCCGCCCUGUGCGUGCAGGCGACGGCGCUCAUGGUCGCGGCGCUCGCCGUCGCGCUGUCGCACAACUGGGAGCUGGCGCUGGUCACCUGCUCGGGCGUCGUGCUCAUCGCGGCCGUCUACGCCGCCACCACGCCGCUGCUCGUCCGCGCCUUGAACGCCGUGCAGGCCUGCGAGGUCCGCGCCAGCGCCGCGGCCGCCGAGGCCUUUGCCGCCGUCAGGAUGGUCGCGGCCUGCGGGGCCGAGGGCAGGAUGGCGCGCCGGUACGACGGCUGGGUCGACAGGGGCGCCGAGCAGGGGAUGCGGCUGCGGCCCGUUUUGGCGUGCCAGCAGGCGCCUGUGUUUUUUGCCAUGUAUGCCACGUUUGCGCUGUGUUUUUGGUACGCGCUCAAGAUGUACAUGGAGGGCCGCAUCGACUCCCCGGAGAGCAUGAUUGUUGUCCUGCUCUGCGUCAUGAUGCUUACCGGUUCCGUCUCGGCCCUGACGACCCCGAUCGCCGCGGCCGCCCGCUCCGCCAACGCAGCCGCCGUCUUUUACCGCGUCAUCGACGCCCCGCGGCCCAAGACGGACGGCCUGUCCGGCCCAGACGCGGCGCCCUUCGCGUCUGGGGAUAUCGUCCUGACGCACGUCAACUUUGCCUACCCGACGCGGCCGCUGACAAGAGUGCUCUCGGACCUCUGCGUGCGCUUCCCGGCCGGCAAGACAACGGCCAUCGUGGGCCCGUCCGGGUCCGGCAAGAGUACGGUCGUGGCGCUGCUGGAGCGGUGGUACGAGAUGGACGGCGACCCCGUGGGCAACAUCGGCGUGCUCUGGCUGAGGAACGGGACGGUGGCGGCGGGCGGGAAGGCGCUCAAGGAUUUUGAUUUGUGCUGGUGGAGAAGCCAGAUUGGGCUGGUGCUGCAGGAGCCCUUUCUGUUCAACGACAGCAUUUUCCAGAAUGUUGCAUACGGCCUGGUCGGCACGGAAUGGGAGGGAGUCGGCGACCAGGAGAAGACCAAGCUCGUCCAAGAGGCCUGCAGGACUGCUUUUGCCGAGGAAUUCAUCACACGCCUGCCCGAAGGCUACAACACACUCGUGGGCGACGCGGGCAUAAAGCUGAGCGGCGGGCAGCGGCAGCGCCUGGCCAUCGCGCGCGCCAUCGUGCGCCGGCCCAAGAUCCUGAUCCUCGACGAGGCCACCAGCGCCAUCGACCCCGAGGGCGAGCGGCUGGUGCAGGCGGCGCUCGAGGGCGCGGCGCGCGGCCGCACCACCAUCGCCAUCGCGCACCGGCUGUCGACCAUCCGCAGGGCCGACUGCAUCGUCGUCCUGCGCGCCGGCGUCGCCGUCGAGCAGGGCACGCACGACCAGCUGAUGGCCAGGGGCGAGGGCGGGGUUUACUUUGGGCUCGCGACGGCGCAGCAGCUUGGUGGUGGUGGCGGUGGGGAUGGGAAUGUGUCGGCUGGUGGGAGCGUCGAGUUGGAUGAGAAGAAUCGGGGUAAUGGUGAGGAAAAAAGUAAUGAUGACGUUUUGGACGAGGGAAAGAAGGAGAGCAAUGAGGAUGUCGCGGACGUUUUGCAUGAUUUGCCUGAACCAAGACUGUUGGGAAAGGAAAGGAAUUCGACCGACUCGGCACCAAAGAAAAAUAGAGGGCUGCUUGGAAGCUUUGGAAUGCUGUUACGGGAGCAGAUGGGUCACUGGCCGUGGUAUCUCAUCAUGGCGCUUGGGGCUGUGGGGGGAGGAGCGAGUCCUGCACUCCAAGCAUAUCUCUUUGCGAACCUGGUCACUCUCUUCCAGCUCUGGGGCGAUUUCGCACGACUAAGAGCUGCGGCGAACUUCUGGUGCCUCAUGUUUGUCAUGCUGGCAACCGGCGUGGGCAUCAGCUAUUUUGCGCUGGCGUGGUCAGCGACCAAACUAUCAUUUUACAUCAUCCCCCACUACCGCAAAGAGUACAUCCGCAACAUGCUCUCCAAGCCCAUCUCCUUCUUCGACGACGAGGCCAACUCGACCGGCACGCUCGCCGCCCGCCUGGCGACGGACCCGACCCAGCUCCAGCAGCUGCUGGGCAUGAACAUGGGCUUCGUCGUCGUGUCCGUCCUCUCGGUCGUCGGCUGCCUCGCCAUCUCCUUCUACUUUGGCUGGAAGCUGACGGCGGUGACGGUGGUGACGACGCUGCCGCUGAUCCUCGGCGCGGCCUUCUUCCGCGUCCGCUACGAGAAGCGGCUCGAGGUGAUGGGCGCGGCCGUGUUUGCCGAGAGCGCCAAGUUCGCGACCGAGAGCGUCGGUGCUUUCCGCACCGUGUCGUCGCUGACGCUGGAGAAGCCCAUCUGCGAGAGGUACAGGCUGCUGUUGGAGAGGCACGUCAAGCAAGCGCUGCCGAGGAGCGCGGCUUCCACUGUGCUGUUUGCUUUGAGCGACAGCAUCGCCCUGCUUUGCAUGGCCUUUGUGCUGUGGUACGGGGGCAAGUUGAUGGCCGACCACGAGUAUUUGCCGUUUCAGUAUAUUGUUGUAUACAUUGCCGUUUUGCAGGGUGGAAUGGGUGCUGGUCAAUGGCUCAGUUACGCACCGAACAUCGCUCAAGCGACUGUAGCGGCCAACCGAAUUGUAGACUUGAGGAGCACUGAAAAGAGCGACAACCAACUUUCCCCCCGGCACAGGGGCGACUUGGGCCAAGGAGAAAAGGGUGUCAAGCUUGAGUUCAAGAACGUUUGGUUCCGAUAUCCGACCAGAGACGUGCCAGUACUAAAUGGCCUUGACCUCACUAUUGAACAAGGCCAGUUCGCCGCGGUGGUCGGGCCUUCUGGGUCCGGGAAAACGACGGUCAUUUCACUGCUCGAAAGGUUCUACAAAGCAAGCACGGGAAGCAUUCGGUGCAACGGCGUAGAGAUAUCACACAUCUGCCUACGAGACUACCGCCGAGCGAUAUCCCUCGUAGCCCAAGAGGCAUGCAUAUUCGACGGCUCCAUCCGGGAAAACAUCCUGCUGGGCGUGGAGGAGGACGAGAUGCCGGCCAACAAGCUGGAAGAAGCUCUCGUCCAGGCCUGCUGCGACGCCGAGAUCCACGACUUUGUCACCUCGCUCCCGGAAGGGUACGAGUCGCGGGUGGGCACGAGGGGAGUGGCGCUGUCCGGCGGGCAGAAGCAGAGGCUGGCCAUCGCCAGGGCCCUGGUCAGGAACCCGAGGCUCCUGCUGCUGGACGAGGCGACGUCCAGCUUGGAUUCGGAGACGGAAAAGGCUGUCCAGGCUGUCUUUGAGAAGACCAAAGGGUCGAGGACGAUGGUUGUCGUGGCUCAUCGGCUGGCGACUGUGCAGAAUGCCGAUGUCAUCUUUGUGCUUGGCGAGGGCAAGGUGGUCGAAAGGGGCAACCACGCUUCUCUUCUCAAGAAAAAGGGGGUCUACUACCAGAUGGUAAGUGCCCAGCCUCCCUUCUCCGAGGAUAUUCCGGGGGUGCGCACCAAUGCAACCCCUCGGAGAAGCCUUGUUUUGUCGCAGCAUCGUACUCCGUUGGAGCUAACUGUCGAGAAACCUGGCAUGCAGAGUGAUGUGACUGCUUGGUAUGCGUGUGAUGUGAUGUGA